AUGUCUCGAGGGAGUGCCGCGGAGGCGCAAGUGGUCUCUGGAGACCAGACAACUGAAACUGCUGAUGAUGAGACACCGAAUAAAGAAGAGCUCGAGAUAGCUUGGCGUAUCGCUAGUCGCAAAACAAGCAAAAGCAAAUUUACGAAGAUCCGAAAUCGAAUUAUUUCGUUACUGGAGGAUGCCUCCGCUUCGUGUCGUGAGGUAGAACAGUUUUUCGCCGAGUUAAAAGAAUUAGAAGCGAAGCUAAAGAGACAUGCUUGAAGUUACGAUAUUUGUUUACAGUACUUAAAGCAGACGCUCGUGUGACUCAAUUAGACCAGUGGUUAGACAAGUUAUUUGACGAAGCUUUGGAGGUUAAAUCAGCUGUAGCUCGAUACUUGGACAAUCACUCUAGCAGUAGAAAUUCAUCUGUAAGAUCUAGCAAGAAAAGCGCCACUGUAAAAAGCAAGAUUUCGAAGUCUACGGAUAAACAACAAUCUGGUAAUUUAUUCGAAACAAUGAAGCAUGAAAUGCCUGAAUUGAAAUACCGACAAUGAAUCUAGAUUCAAUUGCCCAUCACAGAGAUAAAGCUAACCUAAAAGCUACUUCUAAGCGUGUUAUUCACCGACAGCAAGAAUUUCAAGACGAAGAGAAGAGCGAAAAAGUAUAAGAAAAAAGACAGCAGCCUCAGGGAAAAGUAAACCAGACAAUUAUCGUGAUACAGUUGACUGGGUUGAAUCACAGCAAAACAUUCGUGCAACAACAAAUGAAAGGUCACAACUUAACUCAAACUCGGACAGUGUAGAGAAAGAAAUACGUCAGUUAGAAGAAGAAAUUAAAACUAUCAGGGCUGCACGACAAGCUGUCAGUGAUCUUCAAAUGCCUGUAAUGACAAAUAGACAAACAAACGUAUCCUUACGUGACCACGAUAUGGUUAAACAAUCAAGUCAACCGAGAAGGGAAGCCGAAAACAACCUCGAAUUAUGGAGAGCUCUCAGAGACCAACGCUAGCGUCAAACACCUAUGAGAACAAAUCAGAGAAUAAAUACGUCUUUAACUGGUCCCUCAAAGGUCGAACUAUCUAGAUCUACACGAGCGGAUGAGGGGAACAGUAACAAGUUAUCAAACCAUUUAGAACGAAUUCAUUUACCAACAUUUUCUGGCGACAAAACCAAGUUUGAAGAAUGGAAAGCUCGAUUCACCGUGUGUGUUGAUAAAACUGACGCUUCAACAAUGCAUAAGUUAAUCCGUCUGCGGUCGCUUUUACGAGGGGAAGCGGAAGAACUUCUCGAAGAUCUUGGCUGGGAAAGCAGCGAUUAUUAUAGCGCGUGA